GUGGAAGGCGUGGGCGCGAGGCGGUGCAGAGCGGUGCAGGAGGGUGCCGCCGGGAAUGCACGGAGCGGAAUGGUCACCGCUGAUCGGUAUGGCACGGGCACCACGUUAUUUCCAGGAAGCAGCCUUCACAAUUGCCAACGAGCCGCUGCUCGACCUGACCCCAGACCAAGUGAACCUGCACGGGGGAGCAGUGACCCUAAGCCACACCAUAGGCGCAUCAGGGGCGCGCUUGUGCUCAUGUCGCUGCUCUCCUGCCUCGCUGCCAUGGGUUUGAAGCGCGGCGUCACAGCGAUGUGCAUCGGUGGCGGCAGUGCCACGGCAGUGGUGGUGGGGCGAGAGGAGGGGUUCCAGCUGGAGGGACACAGGCCGGGGCACUGGUAG